AUGGACCCCCAUAUUGAAGAACUACUAGGUCUAGAAGCCGUCCGUACAAGAGCCCAUGCUGUCCUCAAGCUAGCCGAACAGCGCCGCUUGAACCAUUUCACCUACCACCCCGAGCGGAUGGAAGAGGCUGCCGACUAUGUAACCAAGUUGAUCCAGCGCGACUUUGGCCCUGACAAGUACCAUACAAUCCCACCCCACGGCCGCUGGCAACAUUUCGAAGUCGGCGGCGUUCCCCGAAUAGCCACCCUCCUGGCUCAAUGGGACGAGCAGAAGUGUGAUACCACUGAAAAGACACGCAGAUUGAUUGAUCUUUUCUUUGUAUCUGUUCUUUUGGAUGCUGGUGCUGGUGAUCAUUGGAAAUUCAAGGAGCCAGAGACUGGCAUUAUGCUCAAUCGAAGUGAGGGUAUUGCUGUAGCGGCCCUACACAUGUUCCUGAAUGGUGAUUUUGCUGGCCAGGACUCUCCGGUGAAGCACACUGCAAAUGGCAAUGCAUUGCGCAAUAUUAGCGUGGAGGUACUCUCUCAUGGACUGCAGGUCGAUGAAGCCAACCCUAUGGUCGGAGUACCUGCCCGUGCGGAUAUUCUACGCAAACUAGGUGAAUCUUUGGUGAAUCUCAAAGACAUCUUUGGUCCCUCCGGUCGCCCUGGUAAUCUAGUUGACUACCUCAAUUCCAAGUCUCAAGAUGGCAAACUCGACUAUAAAGAUCUCUGGAACGUGCUACAGCGCCUUCUGAUUCCAAUCUGGCCAUCAGAUCGGACUCACAUCAACGGCCAGCCCAUUGGCGAUGCAUGGCCCUUGCGCGUGCUUGCUGAACAAGAAGGCGCUAAGUCCAAGCCCUACUCAAACAUCCAACCUUUCCAUAAACUCACCCAGUGGCUCGCAUACUCAUUGAUGGUUCCAUUCACCCGUCUGCUCUCAGUCUCCUGGUCCAACACCCACCUCGGAACCGGCCUGCCAGAGUAUCGUAACGGAGGCAUGCUCGUUGACAUGGGAGUGCUGGAACUCAAACCUGAGGCACUGAAACGUGGACUGAGUCUUUCAGGUGGUAGCUUGCCGUCUUUCGGCGCCGGUGACGAUGAGAUUGUUGAGUGGCGAGCCAUGACCGUUGCCCUGCUUGACGAGCUGCAUAAGAAGAUUCUUGUGCGUCUGGAUGGUGUAGAGCUGUCUUUGCCCCAGGUGUUGGAGGCGGGAUCUUGGAAGGCUGGUCGUGAACUGGCUGCUGCUAAACGUCCUGAGACGAAGUGCAGUCCUAUUUUGAACUUCGGUGAUGGAACUCUGUUCUAG